CUUCGGUUCCGGUUGUAAAGUCUAAUCCUUCGCACAACAUGUCAACAUCAUUGUUCCCUUUAUCUCCCCGAGAUGAUUUGUUGCGGGUAUAUCGAGACCGCCGUCUUAGCGAUAUAUCGGGGCCUAAUGCUGUCAUCGAUAUCGCCAAGGUGAGGAGCAAUGCACAGGCUAUGCUUGCGACAGUCAAAGAACUGCAAGUGAGCUUCCGAGCACACGUAAAAACACACAAGACAUUGGAGAUUACAAGAAUCCAAGUGGGCGAAUCUUGUGAUGACGUCCGCCUCAUUGUGUCUACCGUGAUCGAAGUCGAACAGCUUCUGCCACUGUUAUUGGAAUAUCAAUCCCGUGGCGCCAAGGUCAAUGUUCUCUAUGGUGUGCCUCUUGGUCCCUCUCAAGUCGCACGAUUGGCCGAGUUAGGCAAACAGCUCGGUGCAAGUUCCAUUUCUGCCAUGGUGGAUAAUAUUGGACAGCUCGAAGCGGUUAAGCAGUAUAGGUCCAUCAGUGGACAUCCUAUAUGCGUUUUCCUCAAGACUGAUUCGGGCUAUCACAGAGCUGGGCUAGGACCCGACUCGCGAGAAAUGAUUUCUCUUGUGUCAGAAGUGACCAAGACGGAAAAGCAAGGCUAUCUGAACUUGUUGGGUUUCUAUUCGCACAACAGUCUCAGUUACGGCGGAUCGUCACCUGAUGAUGCAAUGGAGAUGCUGAAGGUCGAGAUUGAAGUAUGCCGACAAGCCUCAGCUCAUCUCCACCCAGAUCGAGUGGAGCCCUUGAUUAUAUCCGUGGGCGCUUCACCAACAGUGCUCUCACUCCAGAACAUUGUGUCACCUGCUACCGUGCGAAGCAGCGCGGCAAAAGAUCUCAUUGCUGAGCUUCAACUCACCAAAUCUGGAUUUGAACUCGAAGUUCACGCCGGUGUUUACCCUCUCUUCGAUGUGCAGCAGGUCGCUGCGUGUAGUAGAGAAUUCUCGACAGAUCCUUAUGACACUAUUGCGUGCACCAUUCUGACAGAAGUAUGCUCCCUGUAUCCGAAUCGUACCGAGCAGCCUGAAGCCUUGGUCUCAGCUGGCUGCCUUGCGCUGGCGAGAGAACCAUGUAAGGAGUAUCCAGGUUGGGGCAUCUUGACCCCGUGGAACAUGCCUGCAGACUACGGCAGUGACAAGAGUGCACGCAUAAUUAUCAGCCGAAUUUCGCAAGAGCACGGUAUUUUGGGGUUUGAGGACACAUCGGCCAAAAGGGAGCUGCCCCUCCAGUAUGGCCAAAAGGUUUGCAUUUGGCCCAACCAUGCGUGUAUCACUCUAGCACAGUUUGGUUGGUACCUCAUCGUGGAUUCGUCAACAGAGUCGCCCGACACGGUGAGAGAUGUCUAUGUCCGAUGGAGAGGCUGGUGAAGAGUCGUACGAAUAGACAUAUUUUGAGUCACGUGGAUUAAAUGGGGCUGGAAACAGAACAUGUGAGAACUUUCAUUGUCUCUGUCCACAACCACAGUAAUGAGCUUUAACGGUUUAUUUGACUUUCCUCAUUGAUCUUGAC